CUUGUGAACAACCUCAAAGCUUCAUCACAACCAUGGCGCCUCUAUCAACGAUUCUUUUCUGCGUGCUUGCCGCAUCUUUUAGCUGGCCGCACACCACAUCUGCGAUUAAGAUAUCUGCGUUCAAUAUUCAAACAUUUGGGGCCAGCAAAAUGGGCAAGCCUGAAGUUGUCAACUACUUGAAGCAGAUCAUAUCAUUUUAUGACAUGGUUCUUAUCCAAGAGAUCCGAAACAAGGACGGAACAGCUAUCGAACAAUUGCUUGAUGAGGUCAACAGCUACUCCCCAGAUCACUACGAGAUGGUAAUAUCAUCUAGACUAGGACGAAGCAGUAGCUAUAAGGAGCAAUAUGCAUACUUCUACAAGACCAACGUUUUGAGUGUUGUCGACGAGUUUGAAUACCCAGACAACGGUGUUAUUGACGAAUUUGAGAGAGAACCAUAUGUAGUCCUGUUUUCUGCACCUUCUACAUCCGUGAAGGAGUUUGCAGCAGUAGCCCUCCAUGCCAAACCCGAUGAGGCUGUGUCAGAAAUCGAUCUCCUGGCUGAUGUCUAUGACUACACGCUCACCAAAUGGAACAAUCCGAAUGUCGCCCUCAUGGGGGAUUUCAAUGCUGACUGCAGUUACGUAAACGGCGAUGAAUGGUCCCAGAUUCGCCUCCGAACUGAAGACCGCUUCGAUUGGGUGAUACCUGACACAGAUGACACCACAGUCUCAGGAAAUACCCACUGUGCUUACGACAGGUUUGUUUUAGCAGGCACUGAACUCCAACAAACCUCUUCGGGAGCCAAACCUUUUAAGUUCGAUGCUUAUUUUGGACUCGAAACCUCCGAUGCCGAUGACGUAAGCGACCACUAUCCCGUGGAACUUGAAAUCAACUAAAGUGACACAACCCAGCACACGAUCAAACUAGAUCUUUGUCCAGAUGCUCCCUAAAAUCAAUCAUGAUCCAUCAAAAUACGUAAAUUAA